GUAGGUAGGAUUAAGUUCCGACGCAAUCACGUCCCAUUUGCCCUAAUCGUCUGUGGGUGUAACAGCAGGACAGUCCACCCGUCGCCCCAGUGGAGGGUCGGAUUGACUGAGCGAGCAGGGAAGGGACGCGCGGAGCGAAGACGCCCGUCACAACGCAAGCAUCAUGCCACCCCUCGGGCUCAAGGCGGUUGUCUGCGACAAGAUUAUGAACAAUGUCAUCAGGAAAGCCAGAGUGAAAGGAGAAUGGAAGGCUCUAGUGGUGGACAAGCUCAGUAUGAGGAUGAUCUCCUCGUGCUGCAAGAUGACAGACAUCAUGUCCGAAGGCAUCACAAUUGUGGAGGACAUCACUAAGAAGCGCGAGCCGUUGCCCAGCAUGGAGGCCAUUUACCUCAUCACCCCCUCUGAUGAGUCUGUUGAAGGGCUCAUCACUGACUUCCGAGAUCCUCAAAACGUCAUGUACAGGGGGGCACAUGUCUUCUUCACUGACACUAUCCCAGACAACCUGUUCAACCUACUGACCAAAUCUCGGGCCUCCAAACUCAUGAAAACCCUGACCGAGAUCAACACAGCCUUUCUGCCAUAUGAAUCACAGGUGUUCUCGCUGGACAAAGGUGAUGCCUUCCAAGACUUCUACAGCCCAUUCAAGGAGGACGUGAAGGGCCGCGUGCUGGAGCGCCUGGCAGAGCAGAUGGCUACCCUCUGCAGCACCCUCAAGGAGUACCCUGCCGUACGAUACAGAGUGGAGCACAAAGACAAUGCCACUGUGGCCCAGCUCCUACAGGACAAACUAGACGCCUACAAAGCAGACGACCCCACCAUGGGCGAGGGUCCAGAUAAGGCCCGUUCGCAGCUGUUGAUUCUGGACAGAGGGUUUGACCCGGUGACUCCUGUCCUCCACGAGCUCACCUUCCAGGCCAUGAGCUAUGACCUGCUGCCCAUUGAAAAUGAUGUUUACAGCUUUGAGACCAGUGGAAUGGGAGAGACGCGUAUGAAAGACGUCCUUCUGGAUGAGGACGAUGACCUCUGGAUGAGCUUGCGGCACAAGCACAUCGCUGAAGUCUCCACGGCAGUAACAAAAUCCCUGAAGGACUUCACGGCAAGCAAAAAGAUGAACACCGGGGAGAAGACCUCACUGAAGGAGCUAUCACAGAUGCUGAAGAAAAUGCCACAGUACCAGAAGGAACUGAGCAAGUACUCCACCCAUCUGCACCUGGCUGAGGACUGCAUGAAUAAGUACCAGGGCUCCGUGGACAAGCUGUGCCGCGUGGAACAGGACUUGGCGAUGGGUCAGGAUGCGGAGGGCGAGAAGAUCAAGGACCCCAUGCGGCUCAUCGUGCCCGUCCUGCUGGACGCCAACGUGGCCAUCUCCGACAAGAUACGCAUCAUCCUCCUCUACAUCUUCAUGAAGAACGGUGUGUCUGAGGAGAAUCUCUGUAAGCUGCUGCAGCAUGCUAACAUCCCUCCUGAGGACAGUGACAUCAUCUCCAACAUGGCACACAUGGGCAUCCCCAUCAUCACAGAGGUAGCGCCAAAGAAAACCAAGAAGCCGGAUCGCAAGGAGAGGAUCAGUGAGCAGACGUACCAGCUGUCCCGAUGGACCCCGCUCAUCAAAGACCUCAUGGAGGAUGCCAUUGAAGACAAACUGGAUCAGAAACUAUAUCCAUUCAUCUCCACUCGCCAAGCUUCCUCCAAAAGCAGCUCUGCAACAAGUGCUCGCUAUGGCAACUGGCACAAGAACAAGGGCCCUGGCGAGGUGCGCACGGGCCCGCGCGUCAUCGUCUUCAUCAUCGGCGGCGUAACCUACAGCGAGAUGCGCUGCGCCUACGAGGUCACCCAGGCCAACGGGAAGUGGGAGGCUCUGAUUGGCUCGAAUGACAUCAUCACCCCCUCUCGCCUCCUGCGAGCUCUCAGAGACAUGAAUAAACCUGAUUAUGGUCACCGCGUCUGGAGACACCACCAUCCGCACUGACCACUUGGACAACCCCCUCCCCCCUCCGACGUCCAACCCCUCCUCCUACUCAGCUGGACCGCCUGCAAUAUAGUACACACUAAGUGCUAUGUUGGAGCAGUCAUCACAGGAUGAAAGCCAUAACAAAUGCCCACUGUACAAUACCAUAUGUUUAAUUUACAGUAUUUCCUUGCAUUCAUCACAACAAAAUGUCACAGGCAGAUCUAUGUAUUUUUUCAGCACACAUACACUAUGUUUAAUGAAACAAAAUAGUAAUGACUUACUAUUGAUGUUGUUACUCAAAAACAAGACAGGAGUGGCUGAGUUGUACUACGUACAGUACAUGUGAUGUCUGCAAAUACUGUACAUGACCUUGGCCAAGAAUGGAUGUCAGGAUGUUUAAAGAUGAUAUUCUCUCGACUGCAUGUGCUCUGGUCUGAUCAGGGCUGAUUCUAUGACAUAUUUUCAGUGUUAUUUUGACUACAAAGGACCAAGUUUGUCAUUGAGUUUAUUUAAAACAAUGUUUUCUAAAAAAAAAAAAAAAAUGUAGUCAAAUCUAUCUCUUCCAUGUAGUUUGUAGCACAGGGAAUUCUAUUGUUGAGAUGAAAAACCUCAUAGCCUACAUUUAUACUUUUAAAACUUUGGAUAUUAACUGCAAAAGCCAACGUGAACACACCCUGUUUUGUAGUCAACAGUAGAUGUUAGUGUUAGAGAGACCUUCAGAGUUGUAUGAAGUAGAAGUAAAAACACUUACAGAUAAUUACUUACAGGUAAUUAUACCACUAUUGAUAUGAUAUUACACGGUUUCAACUAUGUAACAUCGGACCACCACUAGUGUUGUAUUUACAUCUGUAAGGUUAAUUCAACUUCUAUUUUAUACAAUUUUGGGAACCUUGCUGCAGUGUUUCAGUUAUUUGGUUUAAUUUAUCUCACCUGUGUACAUCUGGAUCAGCAGCUUUGGCCUCUGUGGAAUGCCUACCCAGUGCUGGGAUGACCUGCCCUUUUAGUUCUCUCUCUGUGUGUGUGUGUCUGUGUUUGUGUGUGUGUGCUUGUGUGGAUCUACUGUACUGUAUGUGUUGAGCAUGUGUGAGAGUACAGCAGGAGCCAGUGAUCAGGGUUGCCAGAUGAGAUGAUUUCCAACCGGGAAAAAAUGUGGACCUGGAAGCACUAAAUCCUGGCGCCCAAUGUGAACUAAAUUCUAUUGAUUUCUAUGGCCAUAAAACUGCAGAAAAACCUGCCCAAAUGCCAUUUUUCACCCGCAGAAAGCCAUCCUAAGCAGCCCAUUUGGGUGAGAAAACGUCCAAUCUGGCAACACUGCCAGUGAUUUGGUACCGUGAUUAUUUGAGUGCACUAUGAUUGCUCUUUGCAAGGUCUAGCUCAAACACCUCACAACCUUGGGCUGCUGUCAGCUUUUGCUGUUCCCUUUACAAAGUAAUAUAAAAGCCCCCCGCCUGUAAUGAAGGCUCGAAUCUGGGCCCCCUUCUUUCCCUGGGCCUGGGGCAACUAACCACUUUGUUCCCCUCUUGCUGUCUUCCCUGGGUAUGAUGUGCAUGGAAUAUGGAACACAAGUGGCUCCUGCUGUAAGUGUGUUGUGUGUUAUUGUUGCAUACUGUAGUUGCUCACACUGUAUAUGGUCAAAGUAAGUUAGUCUGUCCAUCAGUAGAACAUUAUAGAACUAUACCAGUUCAUGUUGCCGUGUCAACCCUCCUGGAAAUCCAAAAGGAACACGUUAUGUUACUGUUAUGACUAACUGCUGUGACUCCCUUUGGUGUUACUGUGCUGAUGCUGUGAAAUAAAA